AUGACAUGCGACGCUGACGAAUACAACAACCCUUACAAAAUCAAUAUAAACCUAGUGGAUGACAAAGAUGGCAAACGUAAGAGGUUUUUCGAAAAAGGACUCGGCGCACUCUUAGACGACAACUAUUUUCUACUACUCUACGUACCUGAAAAUGGAGGCCGAAUGCAAGUUGUGCGGCCUGCCAGUGAUCUAUUCCAUCGAAAACGCAUCAUCAAAAAGAUUAAUGAAGUGAAACGCAUCCCAUCGUUUUAUUAUGCAUUGUCACAUCUUUGGGGGCUUAGAAAAGACAACCGAUACUUGUGGAAUGAGAUUGGUGAACAUGUGGAUGACGAACAAGGGCAACCUGUCAAACCUGUUUCGAUGCGACCUGAAAAGCGAGAUGCCUUACUAGCACUACUCAAAGAUCACCCAGACAGCUAUUGGUGGAUUGAUGUUUUAUGUGCACGUACCGAUACACCCUUGGAUAUCAUGGGCGAUAUUUAUGCAUGCUGCCUUGAAUGUAUUGCUAUGAUUGAUUGUGAGCCUACUUUGAUAUCAAAGAUUCACACUAUGUCGGAUGCGGUGGACGAAGCCGAGAAAUUAUGGCGCGAAUCUGGGGAAGGAUUUCUAACAACACAGCAGUUACAUGGGACUAAAAGUUCCCAGUUGAUGGAACUCGUAUACACAUUCUUACAAAGCGAAUGGUGGCAACGUGUAUGGACUUGGCAGGAGAUGGCUCUACCUAUGGGAGAUGUGCGAUUUAUGGCUGAAACAGAUACAUGCCUACCACAAACCAAUACAAUCACGCUGAAUGAAUUACUUGGAUUUCGAAGUGUCCUACCUAUUUCCGAAACAUUACGCCCUGAUAUUGUACGCGAAAAUCACGGGCUUUGGACACCUUUCGAAUUUCAUCGAAGACUCAGUGCCAUAUACUUCGCUAGAGAAUCCAAAUCUCAUCGUAUCAAGGCAAGAAAUGCGAGAUUGCACUCUAUAAUGAUGUCAUUGAUGUAUUCCAAUCGACGAUGUUAUGAUCCAUGUGAUUACGUUUAUGGUGUGCUAGGGGCAAUGCAGAUUAAAAUCCCGAGAAUGGACGAUCCGGAUGAAGUUUGGCGCCAUUUCUUGUCAGAGCUGGAUGCUUUAAGUCCGCUUGAUCUUAGCCCAUGGAUUGAUCAUGCAGAUGAAAUCGAUUUACGAGAAGUUGAAAAUAUUGGUGAAGUAUACAAGAAGCUAUCAGACAUCUAUUUGGAAGACGGAAUCGCUGGAAUAUUACCGUCUAGUUUCAACAAAUUGGAUCCAUUACAAUGA